AUGUCGGAGGGGGCGCGGAGCGGGAACUCCUCCCACGUCCUGUUCGUGUUCCGGGGGUUCCCGUCCCUGCAGGACCACCGGCGCCUGCUGGCUCUGCCGGUCUCCGCCUCCUACGUGGCGGUGCUGCUGGGGAACUGCCUGCUGGUCUACGUGCUCCGCAGCGCCGAGAGCCUGCAGGGCCCCAUGUACGUCCUCAUCUGCUGGCUGUGCGUCGUCGACGUGCUCGUGGCGACCGCCAUCGUCCCCAAGAUGCUCCUGGGCCUCCUGUUGGACUGGGACCAGGUCUCGCUGGGCGGCUGCCUGGCCCAGAUGUUCUUCACCCACUUCCUGUCCUCGCUGGAGUCCACGCUGCUGCUGGCGAUGGCGCUCGACCGCUACGUGGCCAUCUGCCGGCCGCUGAGCUACGCCCGGAUCAUCAACGCCGCCGCGCUGGCGAGGCUGCUGCCCGUGGCGCUGGCGCGCAGCGGCGUCGUCAUGGCGACGCUGGUGGCGCUGGCCGGGUCGCUGCGCUACUGCGGCUCCAACGCCAUCGCCCACUGCUACU